AUGGGAGAUGUAAACAACGACACAGUACAUUACAGCACAAUGGCAACAACUGCCUUCCCUAAUGCAACUUCGAUUGUGUUCUUGAAUGAAGAGCUGUUUCCAAUUGCAGUCGACCAUACUAUGAAAACACUUUAUGUUCUUGUUGCUGUUCUUGGAAUUCUGGGAAAUGGACUUAUCUUGUAUUUAUUUGCUUCAAAACGUGUCAAACUCACCCCAUUCAACAUUUUGCUUUUGAACUUAUCGCUGUCUGACAUGCUAGCUGAUAUAUCAAUUUUGCCUUACGUUUUCAUCAGUUUAAAGUCGAUUCGAAGCUUCUCUCAAACCACUGCGAAUGCACUAUGCACAGUUGUCAUGGGGCAAAUGACGUAUUGGAUAGUAACAGUAGCAGCUCUGUUCACAUUAACUGUGAUAUCGGUUAGUCGCUAUAUCUUUAUACGUUAUCCGUUAAAGUCGCAAUCUUUCCACAAGAAACACGCCUCAUACGUCGUCAUUCUGGUCAUAUGGCCUAGUGCAAUUGCGAUGUGCAUGCCUACUUUUUUUUCUUUUCAUUACAAUUACCAGUAUGCCGUCUGUGAAAGAGUCUGGCCACAAGGAGUCAAUGGGCAAGUUUACAGCGCGAUAACAGCCUUGUUAGGCUACAUUAUCCCAAUUCUUGUUUUGAUGUUCACGUUUAUUGGGACCAGGCAGUACUUAUGGCUCACAACGACAAACGAACUUGUAAGGUCGUCAUCCUCAAUAAGGAGGCGAAAAACUGCAUCCAUGUUGCUGGGAGCCCUGGUGCUUGCGUUCUUCGUCUGCUGGAGUCCAUUUUUCGUAUACUGGAUUCUAUCGCGGACAGCGACUACAACCUUCCCGGAUGGCCCCGAAGGGGACUACUCGCGCAUGCGUGUCAUUGUUUUCGUCGUGUUCGUAUCGCUCUUAAAUACGGUUGCCGAUCCUAUAAUUUAUGGAUUGAGAAGCGAAGAUUUCAGGAAAAGUCUACGCCUUAUGUGGCACCAGGUCGUGUCAGGAGGACGAGAAAGAGCUCGGACGAAGAGCAGUGAGUGUCCGGAUAGCAGAUGUGACGACCACCAUUACCGUCUUUAA